AUGUCGAAGCAAAUAGCAGGGAGAUGGAUUACACCAUCCUCUCACUUCAUGUUACCACCUAUUCUAUCGAAGAUAAACACUCCAAUUUUCAACAUUGUAACUACUAUCCCUACCAUUAAAGCUGUAAAACUGAGCACCCAACAAAUUUCAACCACUCUUUGUAGAGCAAGGAGAAGAUCAGUGAGAUAUGAGGGCGCAGAUGAGGAUGAUGGAGAAGAAGAAUAUGGACAUAAUGAGGAGAUUGCAAUGUUGGAAUUUUACAGUCAGUCAGCCAUAGGUGAAGCCCUUCUUGUGCAUGCGAUUGUAGAUGAACAGGUAGUGGAAGUGCUCAUCUUUAAGGGAUUCUCUUCAUGCCUUAGCUACGGGACUUCAUCGGACCCAUCAAGAAGUGUUCUCCCAGCAAGAGCAGUUAUAAAGUCAAUUGACAGAAUCAAAGGUCCGUUUGACCCCUCUAAUAUAGAGUAUCUAGAGAAGGACCUAACAUGGGAAGCCUUCAAGAGCCGUCUUGCUCCUAAAUAA